AUGCGCUAUAACUACGACGACGUUUCAUCCAUCUGUCCCCGUUCCCAUAAAGCUGAACGAGCCGAGUCGGAGCCGGAUGAACAAGCUAACGAACUUUCGCCUGAGGAGUGUGAAGUGCCGCAGUCCAGUCUCAAUUCGCCAUCGAUCGGACAGGGAGAGCGUCCCUGUUCGUAG